CUCGAUUUAGGUUAGGUUAGACGAAGCGGGAACGAAGUGACGGCCAUUGCUCUCUUUUUCUAUUCUCUAUUAUACUACUGGUUAGAAAGAGACAGCGCUUGGUCGUCACCAGUCGCUAUCUCUUUCUUUCGGCCCGACAUGUUUUCUCUGCCUGCGCGUAGUCCAUACUAUACGUUGAUGGGCUAGACUCUUGCCUUGAUUAUUGAUUGAUGAUUCCUUGAAUUAUGAAGACUAGAGACAGGAGACCGAUCUCCAUAGUAGGAAAGUGUGCUGAAAAUAUGUACAUCUAUUAGUACCAAUCUGCGGCGCUGGCGACGAAUAACAUACCGGACCUAUUGAUAAAAUUGUAGUCCAGAGCCCAAAUCCAUCGUAGUUUAGCAUCGUAAUAUGAAGCUAAUGGUGUAAAACAGCAUGCUUUUCCUAUUUUUCUAUUAAUGCUGCUUGAGUUAUAAUAAUAUUUAUAAUAAGAGCAUCGGUUCCGGUACCUUAAAGUACAGCCAGCGCCGCAAGUUUGCAACUAAUAGCGUGUCACUUUAUAGGCACAGUUUCGGUGAUGAAAAUUAUACCUAGUUCGGUCUCCUGGUUCUAGUCUUCAUACCUUGAAUCUUCCAAGACGUCUUAUUUAUUAUCAAUGUGGUCUUCUGUUAUUCUAUUGCCCUUUUUAAAUGUUCGUGGUAGUGUCACUCUGCUGCCAUAUGGCAUUUCUUGACAUUAAUGUGGGAAUAAAUAAAAACCAACUGUGUUAGCGUUCGGUAACUCUUUCGAUACUAACGGUAACUUUUCACCCAUUAAAAUUUCGCAUUGACUUACGACUUUGGUAGAGCAGAGUAUAUUUGUUACCAUGGUAUAUCUGUUAUCAAUUAUUUUUUAUUUCAUAACUUUUUCGUUUUAUGUUACGAGAAUUGUGCGAUUAGCAAUAUGAAAAUAUAUGUUCGCGUUGUGAUUACCCCGUAUCGUGGUAACGCAUUCACAAGCAAGGCCGUAUCGAAAAGGUUAAGGAAUUUUUGUCAAGUAAAAAGGAAUGUUUUAUAAGAUGUAGAGUUUUUCCGAAAGAAAAGAAUCGUGGUGUCCGCUGGACGUAACAACUGAAUUGUAUUGCAUAUAUUAUGCACCUACAGCAAUACAAACAAUACAAAAAAUGACUAAAACUUUUACAUACAUCUAAUAUUAUAGAUGUUAAAUAACAUGUUGUCAAAUAAAAAUAUAACUUAAAAAAUAAAUUUUAUUUUUGUAAAUUAUGACUUUAUACGACUAUCAUUUGAUAUUUCUUUUUAUUAUAAACUUUUUUUGAGGUUUUCACCAGUAUUACUUUUUAUACUUCUCUUUUGAAGAUUAAAUACUUAUAACUUAUAAUAGACAUUAUACAAAAAAGCUUUCGUGUUAAAUCUACUUCUUUGUUCCUAUACAAUCUAAAUGUGCAAUUUUUUUAUAAGAAGUUAUCUUCGAAAAUUAGAAACUCUUUUCGUUCUCACUUCCACGAGUGUGGUGAGAGUUUGAUUCUAUUUUAUAUGAUUACAAAUGUGGCUUUAAAUCAUUCAAUAAUGUAUACAGGCUGUCCAGGUGCAAUUGAGUGUUUAAAAAAUUUUGAUCGUACACCUAAUAUGUGUAGAAUGUGGUUUAACUGAUUAUAAUUAAAAUAUAGUAUUAAUAUACAACUAAUAUAAUUAUUAGUAUAAUUAAAAUACAAUAAAGAUAACAUAUGACAUAAUAUAAGAUCCAGGAAGUGGUCAGUGCUUUCAAUAACUAUCAUCAUAGACUAAGAUUUACAGUAGAAAUAGAAAACAAAGGAGUGAUUAAUUUUUUAGACACGACUGUAAUUAGAGACAGGAAAGCACUGAUUACUAACUGGUAUAGAAAACCAACAUUCUCGGGCAGGUACAUAAACUUUUGCUCUAAUCAUUCGAACAAACACAAGAUCAGUAUUAUAACUAGUUUGAUUGACAGAGCAAUUUUACUUUCUGACUCUCGUUUCCAUACACAGAACAUUGCAACUGUUCGUAAAAUUUUACUAAAUAAUUGUUAUCCAUUGACAUUUAUUAACAAGCACAUAAGUAAGAGAAUCAAGAAAAUUAAGUAUAAUGACGCUUCUUUUAAUAAUGUUGACGCACAGAAUAAUAACGUUAUAAAAAUUCUUUACAUAAAAAACUGGAGUGAGAAUAUUAGAGGACAGCUAAGUCAAUUUGGUUUUAAUGUUGUGUAUGGUAUCCAUAAAAAGCUUGAUUACGUGAUAAAGAGAGGAAAAGAUUGUUUAAAAAAUGCGCUAAAAAAGUGUGUCGUCUACAAAAUUAUUUGCAAGAAUUGUAAUGUUUGUUACAUCGGACAAACAAAAAGACACUUAGAAACUCGGGUGAAAGAACACAUACAGGAUAUAAAAAAGCAUGACAAUAAUCAUUCUGUUGUUAGUAGACACAGAAUCUGCAAUAACCAUAACUUCGAUUAGAAUAAUGUAAAAAUUCUGCAUCAAGAAGACCAUCGCAGAAAGAGGGAAAUUGCAGAGAUAUGCUACAUAAAGCAGAGUGAUAGUGCCAUCAAUUUACAAAAUGACACGGAGAGCUUACCUUGUAUAUAUAAUUUUAUUUUGAAGCAUAUGUGAGGGUAAGACAAGUUGUUUGUGUGUGGUACUCACAGUACGUGUUCGACUAGACAACAGAACAGGCCAUGGAUUGCUCGCUGAUGUGUCAGAGACGUCCUUUGUAAUGUGAAAAAAUCGUUUUCAAGCAAAAGGAAACAGAAAAGCCACAACGUAAUAUCGAUAAUACGUUUAGUUGGUGCCCUGUCAAUCAUCAAUGCACAACGUUACGGAAUAUUGAGCGGCCAGCGCGGCAAUGGAGGUUUCACCCCCGCACGAUCUCUUCAGACAAGAAGCGAAGAAAGCCGACUGUAGUAUAAAAAGCUACGUGCGAACUGCACGCAGCGUGCACUUUAUCGUCGAUUUUUCCGACGUUCACAACACGCGCAAAGUCAAUCACCUCUUGAACGUCGUAGAGCUAUGUUGUCUCUUUGCGACUUUUCUGAAGUCGAUCCUGUUAUUUUUCAGACGACAUGAAUCAGUUCUUCAUGUUGUUCUAUAUAAUGAUGGUUAUGUGGAUGUUCUAUGGAAAAUGUAAAGCAGCUCCAGGAUUUAUUGGUAUCCAUCGCAACUUAGAAAAUUAUCCAUAUGUUCACAG